UGUUUUUUGUUUUUGUUUUUAAUUCUUUUUUUUCCCAAUCUAAAUUCAAUUUUAAAAUAAAUUUUGUCAAAAUUAAUUUCUUGCAAAAAUUUUAUUUUUGAAACAAAAUGUUAUCAUCAAUGCUUAAAGAACAUCAACUCAAACAAAUUUCGAAACGUGAAGAAAUCGAGCAAAAACGUAAUGCCGCCAUUGCAAGCUCAAUAAAAUUUACAUCACAAAUGGUUCAUCAUUUGAAUGAAGGCGUUUCACAAACAUAUCUAAAUCAAAGAAAAUUAGAUAAUGAAUCUAAACAACUUUAUCAAAAUAUUGAACAUUUAUCUAGACAAACAAAUCAAUGGUUAAUAUUAAUGAAUAAUUUUAAUGAUUCAUUAAAACAAUUGGGUGAUGUUGAAAAUUGGUCAAAAUGUAUUGAAAUUGAUAUGCGUGAAAUAUCAUCAAUACUUGAAUAUGUUUCAUCCAAUUCGAAUAAAACGCCGCCAACACAGCCAAAAACAAAUUAAGAAAAAAUUACUUUUUUUAAAUAAAAAUGUUUAUUCCCGUUUCUGGAUUAUAAUUGAAAUAUUUAUAAUAAUAAUU